ACAACAUAGGAAUUUUACAAAUUAUAUUUUAUUAUUAAACAACCUCUCUUUUUUAAUUAUUCACGACAAUCUUAAAGGUCGCGAGGACAAGCAAGUGGUCCUUCGAGACAACUUACAACAGACACGAAGACAAGCAAAGAUGACGACAAUACCUGCUACUGCUGACCAGGGUGAACACGACCGACAGUCCGCCCACGGUAGUCGCAAGACCUCACCUACACCGUCCGCUCGGUCCGACUCCAAUGUGUCAACAUCGAGUGUGGAUAAACUACUAGCAAAAUACAACAACAAAAAAUACAUAAAAACUGAAAUAAAGAGCUUAAUACAGAAAAUGCUAAUUGAAGAGAGAAGAUUACAGGCGCUGGGAGACGAAGACAACCGUAUCACCCCCAGCAGAUAUCAGUCCCGCGAAUCGCAACACCUGCCUACAACUGCAGCGGAGUCUGAGGACGACAGCAUCCAUCAGGAUGUGGGCAAGCGUAUGUUCAGUACAAGUAAUGCAGUAGAAACCUACAUUAUAUCUAGUGAUGACGCGGAGUCUGAGGACGACAUCAUCCAUCAGGAAGUGGGCAAGCGUAUGUUCAGUAUAAGCACAGAUAACAUAAUAUUAGUAUAA